AUGCUACGAGGACGAGGGCUGAAAGAAGCUGGUGUUAAGUUCAAGCAGUUUGAUUGUGUAACUGAUUUCUCAGAUCAUUAUUAUUAUUGUCGUGCCAAGACAAAGAAGAAAAACAUCCAUGGAAAAAUCAAUGACAAGAGUACUGUAAAUAGGAUCAUGAAGGAGUGGGAAAUUCUUGAGAAGCAUCUUCCUAAGUCAAUCUAUGUGAGAGUCUAUGAAGAAAGGAUUGAUCUGCUCAGUGCUGCGAUCAUGGGUGCUAAAAAAACUCCCUAUCACCAUGGACUCUUUUUCUUUGAUAUUUCAUUCCCUUCUGAUUAUCCCAACAACCCUCCAAAAGUACGUUACCAUUCGUUCGGACUCAGAUUGAACCCGAAUUUGUACAGCAAUGGUUAUGUUUGUUUGAGCUUGCUCAACACUUGGGAUGGGGUAGGGACAGAGAAGUGGAACCCUCUUAAGUCGACAAUUCUUCAGGUUUUGGUUUCGCUCCAGGGACUUGUGCUCAAUGAGAAACCUUACUACAACGAGCCUGGACUUAAACCCUGGGAAGCUUAUAAUGCUGACGUUUUUACUUUGUCUUGCAAGACAAUGCUGUUUCAGCUUGGAAAUCCACUCAGGAAUUUUGAGGCUCUCAUUGCUGCACAUUUUCACAAGCAUGGAAGCACUAUAUUAAGGGCUUGUAUUGCUUAUAAAGAGUGUCGUGUUUGCAUCGGCUUCUUUAAUGGUGAUGAUGCUAAUGCACCAUCUUCUAAGAAAAAAAUCAAGGUAUCAAAGCAAUUCAAGAACUCCAUGGACAAACUCUAUCCAGAUCUUUUCAAUGCCUUCAAUAGAAUUGGAGCUCCUUUGCAGAACAUGGCUGAAAAGCUAGUAACUGACGUUGACAUUCAAGAAAAACCAGUGAACGGUAUUAUCAGCAAACUGAAAACGUUUUGGGAAGCCAUGACAACUUAG